AUGACUGCUUUUCUUCACCUCUCCAACAAGCUUGCAGAAAAAGGGCACGAGAUCGUUUUCUUGCUCCCCAAGAAAGCUCUAGACCAGGGCCCCCAAUUCUUCAAGACCGGCUCUGUCCACACCAUCUCAAUUCCUCAUGUCAAAGGGCUCCCUCCCGGUGCUGAGACCAACUCCGACGUACCAUUUUUCUUGACCCAUUUGCUUGCGGUUGCAAUGAACCAAACCCGGCCCGAGGAAGAGACAAUUCUGCGUACAAACAAACCGGAUUUGGUUUUCUACGAUUCCGCUGAUUGGAUACCUGAAAUCGCUAAACCGGUCGGUGCUAAAAUUGUUUGCUACAAUACCUUCAGCGCUGCAUCAAUAGCCCUAACUCUUGUCCCUGCUGCGGAGCGAGAGAUCAUUGAUGGGAAGGAAAUGUCAGCGGAGGCGUUAGCUAAACCGCCAAUAGGUUACCCGUCUUUAAAAGUCGUCUUGCUUGUGCACGAAGCAAAAGCUUCGUAUGGAGGAGACACGAGGGCAUUGGUUCUUUCUUCGAUGGGAAAGUUACUGCGAUGA